AUGACCACGAAUGAAUUCUUUCAGCUCACCGACGAUGGCGGCAAGGCGCGCGCCGUGUGCGAAAAGCCCCUCUCGCAGCUGGCGGUGGAGGGGGGGACGCGAGUGGUUUGGCUGGAGACUUGUUCGCACUGGGCGUGCGUCGACUGCCACAUCCAGUGGGUCCAGGCGCGGGACUCGCAAGGCCUCGAGCCGACCUGCCUCACUGCAAGCUGCAACUCCGCCCUCACCGACGCGGCAAUCAGAGAGAUGCUCGGCGACGCCGCCCACCAGGCUCGCGACGAGCAGCUGCUGAGCAGGGCGGCCGCCGGUGGCGGCGAGCGCAACUGGCCGUGCCCGACCCCAAACUGCCCCUACCGUGUCGCCUACCGUGUCGCCCUCGAGGAGGGGAGCGCGCCGCGCCCCACGACCUGCCCGCGCUGCCUAAAGGUGUUCGUGGUUGGCGCCCCGUCGCUCCCCGCCGCAGCCGAGGCUGCCGACGACGACGACGGCUGUCAGCAGCGGAAGCGGCGGCGGGAGGAGGAGAUGGCGAGCGUGGCGGCGCUGCAGCAGUACCAAAAAUGCAAAAGCUGCGGGCAGGGCGUCGAAAAGGACCCGGCGACUUGCGACCUCUUCCAGUGUCGCUGCGGACUCCGGUGGUGCUGGAAGUGCGGUACAGAGGCCGACGAGCGAGGCAAGCCCGCCUGUAAUUGCACCGGCCGGGGUCACGUGUUCUGGGAUAACCAGGCAGGCAGGCCGGCCGGAGAAGCCUUUGCACGGAAGAGGCCGCAGUCGGGGCGGAGACGACGGCCGUCGUGA